GCCGACAUUGAAGUAAGAUCAUUCAGUAAAAUAAACUGAUUGCUUUUUUAGGUGCCCUUUUUCUUCAAUUGAUUGGUAUGGAAUGAAUUCAUGGCAGUCUCUGGAAACCCUUCGUCCAAAUCUUUGAUAAAUAGUUAUGAGUUAGCUCUUCUCGAAGCGAAACAUUCAUGUCAGAUUGCGAGCAGUGUAGAACUUUAUAAAUGUUUUGAAAUUUUUGACGAGCUUAUUCCUAUGUUAGGACAGUAUAAGAGGGUGAUAAAAAUGAUCCGAGAUCACUUAUUUGAUGCAGUAUUUAGUCGCGAGUAUACUGUUAACAUUCAAUUGCCUUCACUCACAGGAAUGGAAGAAGACAGCAAAACGGCUUCGAUUAAGCGCAUUCCGCAUUUUGUAAUUCUAAAUAAACUUGCUGAUGAAAGAAACAAUCGCGCAGAAAGAGCUGAAGAAAAAAUUUCACAACUAACUAAUAGAUUGGAAGAAAGCAGACAUGAAAUUCAAAAGCUUGAGAAAUGUAUUGCCAAUCAAAAAUCCAUUAACGAAAAACAAGAGGAGAACAUGCAAGAAUUGCAAAGGAUUAUAAAAUACAAAGAGGAAGAAAAUACUUCCUUAAGUGUUGAGUUGCGCUAUCAGAAGGAGAAACUGAACUGUGAAAUUAAUGAAUUAAAUGACUCCAUUGAAAGCCUUAGGAAAGAGCUGAAAGGCAAAACUGAUAAGAUCAACGCCUUGAAUCAGUUUAAACUGUGUCAUGAUAAAGUUCAAGAUGAUUUUCAUGAUCCAAGUGUGUUUACGCCAGCGCCUCAAAAGAAGUCCUUUUCCGCUGAAGAACAAAAAUUGCGCAAAGAUAUUGUUGAAGGAAAGUCCUUAGAGACGCAACUUCUAUCGCUAAGAAAUACUUGCAUUGAACAAUAUGAUGAAUACUUGGAAGAAUGGAAUAUUCUAAAGAAAAGCAAGGAUAACGAUGUAGCGGUCGAUGAAAACCAUUCAAAACGCAAAAUUGGGUUUAUAAAAAUGAUAACUAGCAUUGAAAACGAACUUUCUCAGACUUCUACACACCUUUCUAUUUUAAAGGACAACUUGGAGCAAGUUAAUGUGAAAGACGACAUGAUGGAGGAUUCAAAUUUGUUGCACGCCAUAAAAGAUUCUAGCCUGAAUUGCACAUUUGUACCACAAGAGGCAAUUUUUAGCAAGUAUGCUGUUGUGCUCGAAUAUUCUUGUAAUAAAGGAAGGACAUUCCAAGAAAUGCCUGGUUUACAACAUUGUCAAAGUUGUGCUGCAAAAACGCUUGUGUGUCCUCAUAAGGCGACAUCAGAUGAAACCGUAUUUCAUUUACCAUUAAAGUGUACGUAUAUCAAGUUUGUAAGACCCCAACCAAGCGUUUUUCUUCCUAGUAACAAUUCGCAGAAGGAAACAUCUGUGAUUGGAAAUGAAGACAUAUUUUACAACAUUCCGCAAAGUUUAUGGAAUGAUUUAGCAAAUCGAGAAGAGAAAACUCAGCAAAGAGUUCCGAUGACUUUAAAAACAGAAUUCAUUGUUUCCUUGAUCGAACAGUUUUACGCUUUUGUUCAUGCAGUAGAAGUUUCUGACAGCGAUGACAUAACUUUGUCUAUCUUGGAUGUUUGGCAUAAAUUCCUCAACGAACGUUAUCAAUCUAAAAGCGUCGCCAAUUUAAUGACAAGGGCCGUUUUGGAGACAAUUCAACGUAGUAAUACAGUACAACAGUUUAUUGAAAUGUUUAUUGAAUGUUUAUCUGGCAUCUUAGAUCCAGCAACAUUUCGAUAUUUUCUGAUUGUGCGAAAACUAAUACAAAGUGUUUCCUGGAAAUCACUCGAUGAUUUUGCGCCAUUUGCAAGUAUUAUCUAUCCCUUCAUGGACGUUGAUGAUCUGGAACAGUUCACAAUGAGUUUUCGUGCUUACAGUGAAAACACAAUCAAUGAAGAAUGCGUUCGAAAUUUUUUCUUGUCCUUGAUUUUAAAGCAGCGCGAGCCCGCUUUUCAUGACAUGGAGAAUCAGUUGUUAAGUCGUUCAGAAGUUAUCAACGGCAUUAUGUCCGAAAGUGUCUUCAUUGAAGCCAUGGUUGAAAUAUCUCCAUUGAUUUCAGAAAAAUCGUGCAAGAGUCUGUUGGCACAGUCGAAAGCAGGCGUGAAAGAUAAAUGUCCUCUUUCCAUAGUCCAUCUAUCACAAAUUGCUUGCUACCUAGUACUUUGUCAACAGACAUCUGUUGUGGAAAUGAAACUCAAUGCCCAAUAUUCAUGAUUCAAUAAGGUGUAAUUUCGAACAAAAUGGCAAAACCGACACUUGUUUCAAUAUACAUUUAUUAAUUUGAUCAAGCUAAAAACGGGAUUUUCCAAAUGCUUUCAUUUGCCUUUUUAGCGAUAUUUCGAACAGUUUAAUUGUUGUAAACAGAGGUAAAUGUCAACAUUGUUGUUCACAGUGUUAAGUACAUGUCAAUAUUAUUGCAAGCUACGAACAGUACGACUGUAAGGAACGUCUUUUAUAAUACAAAGAAAAGCAUUUGGAAAAAUAAAAAUUUAAUUAAUAUACAAACAAUGAAAAAA